AUGGCUGAGGCCAUUGGGAUUGUCGCGAGCGUGGCGGCUCUCGUCCAGCUCGUACGCUACGGCAAAAAGUCAGCCGACGCAUUGUAUCAAUUCUCUCGCCAAGGCGGUGUAUCCCAGGUCGAUGUUGAUCGAUGUGCCAACCAGAUACUAUCAUUCUCACUCAUAGUGGGCUCCGCUCAUCGGUCUCUCAAUCGGCAUCGCGAAGAUUGCACCGGCUCUGAUGUUCUCGACUUUAUCUCAGCUCAUCGGGUGUUCGAAGCCAUAACGAUUGACGCGAAAUCGGUCAGAAGACGCCUCAAGCUAGCUGCGAGACAGUUCAGCAACCUUGCGAAAGGAAAACGAACAUUGCCAGCUUUCAUCAACUGGUGGCUUCAUAAGGAUGCCGUCGUGUCCCUUUUCCCGGAAAUGGAACGGAUCAAAACCAAUCUCACGCUGAUAAUCCUGGUGAUUCAAUUGGAACUGCAAAUGAAGGAGAUAAAAGGCAGAUCGCCAAUCUCCCCCGAGAUCAAGAAAUUGGAAAAAAGUGUGUAA